AUGUCGGCGCCCUUCAACGACCUGAUCGACUUUGGCGAGCUGGAUAUCGACAACAUCAACUUUGGAGAUACCGUUUUCGAGCCGGACCACAGCCAGGACGACACCAACCACCAGUCCUCCAACGAACUGGCCGACUCGCUGAAGGCCCAGCAUCUUCAGCAGUUCGCCUCGCCUGCAUCUCAUAGCAAUCGCCAUGCGCCCCCCAGCGGCCUCGACCAGGCGCAAUCCGCCCGUAUCGGCAGCGACAUGUCCCAGGCGAACGACUUCUACGACUUCAACAUGUCGUCUUUUUCCCAGUCCACGCAGGCCCAGGUGUCCUUCUCCGCUGCUCAAGAACCCGCCUUCCAUUCGCACACGGGCGUCCCGCCGACCCCAAACAGCGUCGAAAUGCAUGGCGACGCGGCGCGAUAUCUCCAGCAGAUGGACCCCCAAACGCGCGCGUUUAUUGAGCAGCGGUAUCAGCUGCGCAAGGAGGAGGCUGCUUUCACUCCUCUAGUGUCCCCCGCCGUCACCCCACACGAUCUCCGCUAUCAGAUGCCCGAGUACACGACAGUGCCUGGCUCAUACUUCAGUCCGCUCACUUCUCCUGCCUUGAGAGCCCAGAGCCAACAAGAGAGGCAUGCAUAUCAACAUAGUCAAUACGGGACGUCGGGGAGUUCGGCCGGGACUUCUCCCGUGGAUCUCGAUGUUGAUAUGCUGGGAGAAGCAGCGACGUCACAGCCGGAUGCCGGCAGACGGCUCAGGAGCAAUAAGAAAGCUGGGAACAGGUCAGCCGCUGCAUCGGCGCGUGUGCGACAGUCACCUAUUGUCAAACCCUCCACCAGGCGAAAAGCCACACUCUCAUCUGUCAUACCACCCAAGGAGGUCAGUGACCUGUUAGAAGAAGUUCAGAGAACGAAGCAAACGCAGUCAAGCUUUAACACGCUCCCACUACCUCGAAGUCGGGAUGCUUCCGAGGCAGAGUCGAUUUCCCCGGAGCCGCUGUCAGACAUGCGCCCUCCCCCGAGACCUGGUUCAGUCACACAUUCCCCCGCCAUAUCCGCCAAGGGUGGUGACACCUUUUCUCCUAUGCACAGCGCAGCACAAGGACUUCAUCCUGCCACUCCCGCCUCUCUGAUGCGACUUCAGCAAUCGCCCGGUUUCUCGCCAAAUCUCUCGCAUCAUCAGGAGAUGUCGCCGCUGCUCGAGGAGCUUAGGCUGCCCGAGUCGGCGACAUCAUCCUCAAGACCAUCUCUAAGCCGAAUAGAAACUCAGGCUCAGGAUGAGGACCAGAGCACGCCACGUCUACCGGCCCGGAAAACGCCGAAGCUGAACCCAUUGAGCACUCCUGGAAGCAUGUCUCUAUCUAUGGCUCCGAGUCCGCUGAUGAGUGCCAUAUCGUCUCCCACAAGUCCAGUGUUCGCGGUCAACGGCGCGAGGAGGAUCGAAGCAAAAGGACCCCGAAAUAGCAAGAAGCGGAAUAGCACAAGCUCGGCACUUGUGAGUCCAGCUUUGAGACCGAAGAUAUCGCCGAGCAUCAAGCCUCUUUUACCUGACGGUGCGACCUCGGAUGAGACGCACGCACUUCUCCUCGCUUCGAAAUCAAACUAUCAAAACAUCCUCGACGGAACAACUGUUCCUGGUGUCAAUUAUCCAUCCUCGUUGUCGACGAAUCUGACAUCGAAACGCACCUCUCACAAAAUCGCCGAGCAAGGUCGUCGAAACCGCAUCAACACAGCACUCCUAGAAAUGCAGACUCUCCUUCCGUCUCCUCAUAUCAAAGCGAAAGAUGCAGGCGAUUCCAAGAGCUCAGAAAGUAACGGCAGUGGUGGUAGCGUUGGUGUUGUGAAAGCGGCGCCCGCUGUUCAGAGCAACAGCUCCAAGGCCGCGACUGUCGAGACCGCGAUUGAGUACAUCAGAAAGCUUCAGAAAGCCCAGCAAGAGAAGGAAGAGAUAAUCAGCAAGAAAGACGAGGAAGUCGAGGCGCUGAGACGCGAACUAGCCAGGCUACGGCGAGGAAGCUCGACCUCGACGCCAAGUCUAGUCGAGGAGCCCAAACAGGAGGCCGACUCCGGGACGGAAAUGGUGGAUGCCACGUGA